GAUGCCCUACGUCCGCACAGUCUUCUGCUUCCUGGCGGCCCUGGAGGCCUGUGGCGCCGUCGCCUUCCUCGGCUACUGCGUCUGCUUCGACCGGAAGCCGCGUGGCGACCCCGAGGCGGGAAAGGUUCCAGGUGUCAAGGGAUUAGAGAAGCUGAAGAAUAAAACUGGCCAGGCUGCAGCCUGGCAGAUGCUGGAUGUGCUGUUGUGGGAUCCAGCAAAGAAUGAAAAAUUACAACUUUUUCUGCAAGAAGUACGAAUGGGAGAACUUUGGUUAUCCAGAGGGGAGCAUUGAAUGGGGCUUGAACAUCUCAGCAAUGCCUUUUUGGUGUGUGGGCAACCACAGGAACUUCUGAAAGUUUUCAAACACACACUUCCUCCCAAGGUAUUUGAGAUGCUAUUGUGCAAAAUUCCCCUCAUUUGCCAGCAAUUUGAGGCAGACAUGAAUGAACAGGAAUACUUGGAGGAUGAUCCUGAUUGA